UCUGAUUGAUUUCUGGCCACAUUUUGUUGUAUAUUUGUAAUAUGAGGUAAUAUGAGAUCAUAUUUUCAUCUAUAGUGAUCCCCAGAAAUGUAUUUUCUUUCACUCUUUCGAUGUUUACACAGUAUAUUUACAUGAGUGUGAGUGACGUGGGUAUCAAAAAGGUUAUGUAGUGGCACCACUUGUUUGAUUCCCAGCUUUGCUUGCUGGCCUUCAUGCUCAGUAAAGAGAGAGAGAGAGAGAGAGAGAGAGCUAUUUGGUGCCACAGCGCCCUCUGGCGGACAUUUGGUGUAACAUUUUCCAGCGGUUCCACUCGCCUGGAAAACAAUCAAAGUGUUGAACAGCGAAGCUGACGACGACGCAGAUUACACACAUGUACGCGGCGUCAGUGUGUGCGUGUGUGUGCGUGUGUGUUCAUACACGCCAGCACACGUCGACCCAACACCUUUACUGCUGCGUGGAAUCUGGAAUAUUCAUCAUCCUCCUCUUCAUCCUCAUCUGGGAAGCUGAUUUACUGUUUCCUGCGCACAAUGUGGAAAAAAGGGAAUACUUGAGGAGUGACGACAACUUUCCUUGCCUUUCCGAGGCAUAAGAACUAAGCAGCGGUACAAGAAAGAUUCAAAAGCCGCGACUGGGUGAAGCCCAUACGGGGCAUACUCGCGGUGCUCUGCAGCCCCGGGGAAAGGGAGCGAUGUCGCCCGCGGAGGAGCGUCGCUCGCCGGGGAUCCGCUCCACAGAUGCUGCGGUUCGGUCCGGUUGCUCGCGGUGCCUUUGGGCGCCACUGACGGGACCAGACACUGAUUGGGGCUGACUGUUUGCGCCAAUAUUAAGGAGGAUAUUAAGUUUUGCAUUUUUUUUUGUGCACUAUUGGAAGUGAAGGACACAUUUGAAGAAUAUGUAUUUUUUUGCAAAGUGCACUGAAGUUUGUUUAACAGGACUAAUUUCUUGAAAUCCCGACCACAAUCAUGGCAGUGAAGUGGACUCUAUAUGUUUUCUUUUUAUUCCCACUCUGGAUAGCGACUGCAGCAUUUUCGGGGCUUCUAAACGCCACAGACAAUGACUUUUUCCAGGAUGACUUACUCCAGGUCAAGCCGGCCCCCGACCGAGUGCCCAAACAUGCGGCGGCGUCCCACCCUAACCUGUAUUUUAGCCACGGGGACCUGUCGCUUAUGAGGCAGAGAUCUUCCACCACCCACAGCCACAUAUUUAAAGUCAUCCGUGCGGCCGUUUUCACCAUGUUAUCCAACGCCGCUUAUUAUAUUCCGCCCGCCAAACACGAGGCGUUCAAGAGCAAGUGGAAUGAGAUUUACGGGAAUAACUUACCUCCGUUGGCUUUGUACUGCGUCCUAGUACCCGAGGACUCUGCCGCCAUGCAGUUUCUUAUCAAGUUCAUGGACAGGAUGGCGGAAUACCCGGACUGGAAGGUGACCCCGGCGCCUAAUGACGAAGUUCCUGUGGCGCAUUCUCUCACCGGAUUCGCCACCGCUUAUGACUUUGUUUAUUCCUACUUGGACAAUCAACGGAAGGAUAUUUACUUAAAAAAAAUCCGAUCCGUAACAGAGGAGAUGUUUGAGCUCUCGAAGUACCGCGCGUGGGGUAAACAGUACCUACACAAUCAUCAGACCACGAAUAUACUCGCCAUACUGAUCGGCGCCAUUGUGGUGGGUUCACAUGACGACCAGGAAUCGAUGAUGUGGAAGCAAGUGGCGGUGAAUUAUAUGGAGAAAACGAUGUUUCUGUUAAAUCACAUCGUGGAUGGCACGUUGGACGAGGGGGUCGCUUACGGGAGCUACACCGCCAAGUCCGUUAUGCAGUACAUCUUCUUGGCUCAACGGCACUUCAGCAUCGAGAGCACUCAGAACAACUGGCUGCGGAAACACUUCUGGUUCUACUACGCUACCAUUUUACCCGGUUUUCAAAGAACAGUCGGUAUCGCAGACUCCAACUACAACUGGUUCUACGGGCCCGAGAGUCAGUUGGUGUUCCUGGACUCGUUCGUUAUGAGGAACGGUACGGGAAACUGGCUAGCUCAGCAGAUUCGGAAACACCGACCCAAGGACGGUCCCAUGGGGCAGUCGUCGUCACAGCGUUGGGUCACGCUACACACAGAGUACAUAUGGUACGACGCCCGGCUCAUCCCGCAACCGCCGCAAGACUUCGGCAAAGCAAGAAUGCAUAUUUUCUCGAAUUGGGGCGUGGUCACCUACGGAGCUGGUCUACCCAGCGGUCAAGGGAACACGUUUGUGUCUUUUAAGUCUGGAAAUCUUGGUGGGCGUGCGGUUUACGACAUAGUCCACGAGAGACCCUACACUUGGUUGGACGGGUGGAACAGUUUCAACCCAGGUCACGAACACCCGGAUCAAAAUUCGUUCACAUUCGCUCCCAACGGACAGGUUUUUGUCGCCGAGGCGCUUUACGGGCCAAAGUUCACCUACCUCAACAACGUUUUGGUGUUCGGUCCGUCUCCUAGCAGUCAAUGUAACGCUCCGUGGGAGGGUCAGAUGGGCGAAUGCGGAAAAUGGCUGCACUGGACCGAUAAAGGAGUGGGCGACACCAAGGGGGAAGUGAUCACCGCCGCGUCACACGGGGAUACGAUGUUUGUGAGCGGAGAAGCGGCGUCGGCGUACUCGUCGGCCAUGAGACUGAAAAGUGUUUACAGAGCUCUGGUUCUGAUGGACACCCAAACGCUUGUGGUGCUCGACCAUGUUGAAAAGGAAACCGAUUCACCUUUGACGUCGUUCAGCGCGUUUUUCCAUAACCUCGAUAUCGACUUUAAAUACGUCCCGUUCCGCUUCAUGGACAGGUACAAUGGCGCCAUGAUGGACGUGUGGGACGCCCAUUAUAAAAUGUUUUGGUUCGACACCCACGGUCGCAGUCCUGAUACUCGAAUUCAGGAAGCGGAACAGUCGGCGGAGUUUAAAAAAAGAUGGACUCAGUAUGUUAACGUGACGUUCCCGAUGACGGGCGCGGUUAGCAGAGCGGCGUAUGUCUUUCACGGACCGUAUGUCAAAGUGUCUAACUGUAAAUUUGUCGAUGCUAGCAAAAACGGUGUGACGUUGUCUUUAACGAUCAAUAACACCGAACGGUUAGUCUCCAUAGCGACAAAUUAUAAAGAUAUCGGCGCCAGAUUUGAUUAUUUAGGAUACGGCGGUCACUGUAAAAUGGAGGAUCGGUAUCAAAUCACUCGAUUCGGUCUCGGAACGCAAGUUCUACCCAAACAAUCCAACAACGCUAAUCAGUUGUUUGACUUUGCAUUCACGCUCAAUUUGAUGGCGGGUUUACUUCUAUGCGUCGCCGCCGUUUUCCUCGCCGUGCAUAGGAAGUUUUACGACAUUUGCUUCAGGCUACGGCGCCUGAUGCGGUACGCACUUCUCACCGUGCUCAUGCUGUGGCUAGUCGAGUUGCUUUUCGUGUCCAAUAGCUGCGAUCAGCUCCUAUGUGGCGUGAAAUGGAAAAGCCGGGGCGGACCCCAAGACCGGCGCCAACUCGUUCUUCCCACCGUCCUCAUCACAACCUUGCCCGGUUCAGGGUCGGACAUCCUUAAGCACCUUUUUUACAACAGCACCGACUUUGUUUACAUUAGAGUUCCGACUGAGCACAUGGAUAUUCCGGAGACGGAGUUUGAGUUUGAUUCCUUUGUGGACCCUUGUGAGUGGUCCCGGGUGGACGCCGAACGAGGACGUUUUAAGAUGAUCCAAGGAUGGUUGCAUUCUCUGUCCCGCAACACUAAGCUGCAUUUGCAGAACAUUCAGCUAGCAGACGGUGGCUGGGGCGGCCUGACCCAGAAGGGCGGCUCCCCCCGCAACAUAAAAAAAAGUACCAAACGGCGGGAGUCGUUGCGAGGCAGCCUCGACAGAGACGCGGAGUACAUCAGGGCGAUGAGGCGCCACCUCGCCGAGUACCCAAACAGUCGUGUUGUCCUGAACAUGCGCAGUGGGAGCUGGGCGCUUAAACUGCCUUUUAUUCAGGAGGUUGUUGGACCCCCCCUGAAGACCAUCUAUGUGCUGAGGGACCCUCGAGCAUGGAUUUAUCUCAUGUUGUAUAAGAACCAGCCCAGCUUGUACUCCCUGAAGAACAUCCCUCAGCACCUUUCCUUGAUAUUCAAGAAGGACGCCGUCGGGGAUGGCUGCCCGAGCGUGGCGCCAGAAUUUACCGCCCUCAGGAAUCUGCUGGCUCAUUCGGAAAGCGACCCGGUGGUGAUACUGGCUCACUUGUGGUUGGCUCACACCUCCGCCGUGCUGAGGAUCAGCCAGAGCCUCCCCGAGGACUCGUACCUCCAAGUGCGCUUUGAGGACACGGUCAACUUCCCUCGAGAGACUGCCGAGAGCAUUCACUCCUUCCUGGGGGUGCCGCUGUCCCCCGCCGCCCUCAACCAGCUGCAGUUUACCACUUCCACUAACUUGUUCAACCUCCUCUACGAGGGGGACAUUUCCCCCGCCAACAUCGAUAUGUGGCGGCAGAAGAUGCAGCAAAGGGACGUGAAGCUAGUGGAGGACAUAUGCGGGGGCGUGAUGAAGCGGGUGGGUUACGCUAACUGAUUUGCACUGAUUUGAAACUUGACAUGGGGGCAGGGGGACGGGGGGCGACUGGGGAUGUAUGCUGUGUUUACUCCAUUUUAUAUUAAAAUGGACGUGCGGGCGCUUAUGGAUUAAUUUUGUCUGAAAUGUGUGUUGAAUUAUGAUAUCUGUGAUUCUUUUUUGUUCUUAAUCUGUGAUGUCAUUUGCAAAGAUUGUGUUUGAGCACUGCUGAGGGAUGUAUUAAUAUGUCAAUAUCAAAGUAUCAUAUAUUUAUUGGCCAUUUUUUUUAUUUUGAUGCGCGCCGUCAUGCUGCUUCCCUUUAAAACAUUCAUUCAUUGUCUACCAUUUUUCCUCGCGGGGGGUGCUGGAGCCUAUCCCAGCUGUCUUCGGGCGAGAGGCGCACAGAGAUGGCCGACUGUGGGAUUGAACUGUGAGGCCUGUGUGCUAACCACUCGAUCACCGUGCAACCAAGUCUUUCUCAUUCAUUCAUUCAUUAAUUUUCUACCGCUUAUCCUCACAAGGUCGCAGGGGGGUGCUGGAGCCUAUCCCAGCUGUCUUCAGGCGAGAGGCGGGGUACACCCUGGUCUGAUCGCCAGCCAGCCAAUCACAGGGCACAUAUAGACAAACAACCAUUCACACUCACAUUCAUACCUAUGGACAAUUUGGAGUCGCUAAUUAACCUAGCAUGUUUUUGGAAUGUGGGAGGGAACCGGAGUACUCUGAGAAAACCCACAAACUUCAAACAGAGAUGGUGAGGGUGGAAUUGAACUCGGGUUUCCUUGCUGUGAGGCCUGUGUGCUAACCACUCGAUCACCGUGCAACCAAGUAUUUCACAUAAUAUUACAAUUUAAAACCAGAGUACCCGGAGAAAACCCACAAACGCCUCACAGAGAUGGCCAAGGGUGGGAUUGAACUCGGGUUUCCUUGCUGUGAGGCCUGUGUGCUAACCACUCGAUCACCGUGCAACCAAGUCUUUCUCAUAAUAUUACAAUUUAAAAAAUGUUUCUUGGAAUUUUUUUUGUUUGUCUCCUAUAAUGUUAUGACUUUAAAAAAUAUUCAAAAAUUAGAGUUUUUUUCGGAAUAUUUUGGUUUCAUUUUGGUAGCUGUGAGGUCUGCGCGCUAACCACUCAACCACCGUGCAGCCUUCUUUUUUAAAACUGAGAAAUCUUAUUUCUAAUUGUACUUUUGCCUCCAUUUUGGGUCGUAAGCCAAUCAUAUUUGUACAUCCACUGUCAUGUCAGCGGAAGUACACACACACCUCGUAAAGAUAGAAGUAUGAAGUAUUUCUACGUAUCCCAAAGGAGCGUGCAUGAAUAUGAUUAUUCAAACUCCCUUUGGCAUUUAUUGAAUUAGAUCAGAGGGAAGUGCUUAACGGGGAUCAAACUGGAAAGAAAAGGAGAGGCUCUGUUAGCUGUGACACAUUUCCAGUCAAAGCAAUUUUCCAAAGCACCCCCCCACCACCCCCCACCCCUUCAGCGGCUCGCAUUAAUCUGCAAAAUGUCACAAAUGAGGCGUUUGGCUGUUGAGGCGUGGAGGAAACGCAAACAGUUUCCAUUUCCUGUCUCGCUCAAUCAGACUUCUAAUGAUCUAUUUUUUGUAUUCUUAGAGAAAGGAGGUGUUUUAUUUUUGUGUGGGGGGGGGGAUUCCGUCCGCCCGCCACACCUCGCUUAGCUAUUACGUCUGGGGCAUCACCUCCCGCUUCUGUGGCCUUGAUUUAUUGCAAAGGUUGUCCUGCAAGGUGCUGAGAUGAUGUAACGGGAAAUAAAUUCAUUCAAUAUGUGGA